AGUAACAAACUCCCUCUCUAAUCUCUAUUAGGUUUCAUUGUUAUGUCUACUUUGAGGUUUCGAAAGCCUAGCGAGAUAGGUGAUGAAGGACAAGAAGACUUGUGGUCAGUCUCCAAGACCCAUAAACGGAGAUGGAGGAUGGCUUUCACGGCCAUAUCUUUCACAAGGAUGGCUCUCUCUUGCGCACCCUUUCCUACGUUGCCAUUGACGUGCAGCGUAUCAACGAGGACUCCCCACGUGACAACAAACCCGUUUCUUUGCUUACUGUUGAUCCAAAGAAGCUCCGCGAUACGGUAAGGGACAAAAACUUUGAGUCUUUGAGUGAGUUUGGAGGGGUUAAAGAACUUGCUUUAAUUCUUGAAACUGAUGUAAAAAACGGUAUCAAUGGCUGUGAGGCUGAUCUUAUUCAUAGGCAGAAUGCUUUUGGUGCCAACAAAUACCAAAAACCACCACCAAAAAUGUUUCUAAGAUUUGUGUUUGAUGCAUUUAAAGAUACGACUAUUUUAAUAUUAUUGGCAUGUGCUGUGCUCUCUCUUGGCUUUGGGAUCAAGCAAGAUGGCUGGGAAGAUGGGUGGUAUGAUGGUGGGAGUAUUAUUCUUGCUGUCUUUUUGGUGGUUGCUGUGUCUGCAGUGAGUGACUUUAAACAAUCAAAGCAAUUUCAGAAGCUUUCAACAAAGAGUAGUGAUAUAAGAGUGGAAGUUGUGAGAGAUGGGAGGCGCCAACCUAUAUCGAUAUUUGAUGUUGUUGUGGGUGAUAUUGUGUGCUUAAAGAUUGGUGAUCAAGUUCCCUCUGAUGGGUUAUUCUUGGAAGGGCAUUCUUUGAAGGUGGAUGAGUCUAGCAUGACUGGUGAAAGUGACCACAUUGAGAUCAAUCAAGGGAAUCCCUUUAUGUUAUCAGGCACAAAGGUCACAGAUGGCUAUGGUUUCAUGCUCGUCACUUCUGUGGGCAUGAACACUGCAUGGGGUGAGAUGAUGAGUUCUAUAAAUCGUGACUUGAAUGAGGAGACGCCAUUGCAAGCACGCCUCAACAAGCUAACUUCUUAUAUAGGGAAGAUUGGUCUGUUGGUGGCUGCACUUGUUCUUGUUGUUAUGUUGAUUCGGUACUUCACAGGGAACACUAGAGAUGACAAAGGAAACAAGGAAUUCAUUGGCAGCAAGACAAAGUUUAAUGAUGUGAUGAAUGUAGUAGUGAGUAUUGUCUCUGCUGCCGUUACUAUCAUUGUGGUGGCUAUUCCAGAAGGCUUACCUCUGGCUGUUACUCUAACUCUGGCUUAUUCAAUGAAAUGCAUGAUGGCUGAUAAUGCAAUGGUCAGAAAACUAUCUUCUUGCGAGACAAUGGGCUCGGCUACAAUAAUCUGCACAGAUAAAACAGGCACUCUUACACUAAAUGAAAUGAAAGUUACAGAGUUUUGGCUUGGAAAGGAAGCAGUGAAAGAUGACACUUUUGCGGGUUUGGCAGGUAAUAUUCUCAAACUACUACAACAAGCAGUUAGCUUAAACACAACUGGUACAGUAUACAAACCACAUUCUACAUCAGUUCCUGAAAUUUCUGGUAGUCCAACUGAGAAAGCAAUUCUUUCUUGGGCUGUGUUUAAUUUAAAUACAAGUGUUGUAGCAGUAAAGCAGAAUUAUAACAUAAUCCAGGUAGAGGCCUUCAAUUCAGAGAAAAAGAGAAGUGGGGUUUUGGUGAAGAGGAACAAUGAGAAGACCAUUCAUACUCAUUGGAAGGGAGCUGCUGAAAUGACAUUAGCCAUGUGUUCUACGUAUUAUGAUAGAGAAGGGGUGCUGAAAGUAAUGGAUGAGGAAGAAAAGUUGCAGCUUGAGACUAUUAUUAAGAAUAUGGCACAAAAAAGCCUAAGAUGCAUUGCAUUUGCCUACAAAGAAGCUGAAGAAGAAAGUGGACAAGUACUUGAGAAGCUUGAAGAAAAUGGGCUGACAUUAUUAGGGUUACUUGGCUUGAAGGAUCCAUGUCGGCCAGGAGUCAGUGCAGCUGUGGAGUCUUGCAGGGCUGCUGGAGUGAAUAUCAAAAUGAUCACUGGUGACAAUGUGCAUACAGCAAGGGCUAUUGCCCUUGAAUGCAAGAUUCUCAAUCCUUAUGAGGAUUUGGAUGAUGAAGCUGUAGUUGAAGGGGUGCAAUUUAGAAAUUACUCACCUGAAGAGAGAAUGGAAAAAGUUGACAAAAUCCUUGUAAUGGCCAGGUCAUCUCCUUUUGACAAACUUCUUAUGGUACAAUGCUUGAAGCAUAAAGGUCAUGUGGUUGCAGUCACAGGUGAUGGAACUAAUGAUGCACCUGCACUAAAGGAAGCAGACAUUGGGCUUUCAAUGGGGAUCCAAGGAACUGAAGUGGCAAAAGAGAGCUCAGAUAUAGUCAUCUUGGAUGACAAUUUUACCUCUGUGGUGACAGUAUUGAGGUGGGGAAGGUGUGUAUACACUAAUAUUCAAAAAUUUCUUCAGUUUCAGCUCACAGUGAAUGUUGCUGCCCUUGUUAUCAACUUUGUUGCAGCUGUUUCUUCUGGUAAGGUCCCUUUGACUGCAGUCCAACUAUUAUGGGUGAAUCUGAUAAUGGAUACAUUGGGAGCUUUAGCCUUGGCUACUGAGAAACCCACUAAUGAUCUUAUGGCAAAGCCACCUGUUGGUCGAUCGGAGCCACUUAUAACAAGAAUCAUGUGGAGGAAUCUCAUAGCACAGGCUGUGUAUCAAGUGACCAUCUUAUUGGUUUUACAAUUUAAGGGAAAAUCCAUUUUUGGUGUAAAGGAGAGCAUUAAGAGCACCCUCAUUUUCAAUACUUUUGUCCUCUGCCAAGUAUUCAAUGAAUUUAACGCAAGGAAACUGGAGAAGAAGAAUAUAUUCAAAGGGAUACUUACGAACAAGCUAUUUAUGGCAAUUGUUGGGAUCACCAUAGUUCUUCAGCUGGUGAUGGUGGAGUUUCUGAAGAGGUUUGCCAAUACUGAGAGACUGGAUUGGGGGCAAUGGGGUGUUUGCAUUGGACUUGCAGCUUUGUCAUGGCCAAUUGGUUGGCUUGUAAAGUGCAUCCCAGUUUCAGGCAAGCAGUUGGGAAGCUGAAGAGCUUCUGUAUCCUAAAAGACCAGCCAAUGUCAGCCCUUAACCUAAUGACAAGAAUGUUUUAAUUACUUAGCUUUCGUUUGUUUCUCAAAUCAAGUUUAUGAGAAUAUUCAAUUUGAUUUCUA